CCCUUCAUGUAUGGGGACUACAUUGCUUAUGACUGCUGGCUGGGGAAGGUCUACGACUUGAAGAACCAGAUCGUCCUGAAGCUAUCCAAUGGUGCCAGGUGCUCCAUGAACACAGAAGAUGGUGCCAAGCUCUAUGAUGUCUGCCCACACGUCAGUGACUCGGGUCUCUUCUUCGAUGAUUCCUAUGGCUUCUACCCAGGCCAGGUGCUCAUUGGCCCUGCCAAGAUCUUCUCCAGCGUCCAGUGGCUAUCAGGGGUCAAGCCGGUGCUCAGCACCAAGAGCAAGUUCCGAGUUGUGGUGGAAGAGGUACAAGUUGUGGAACUGAAAGUCACGUGGAUUACCAAGAGUUUCUGUCCAGGGGGCACAGACAGCGUCAGUCCCCCACCCUCCAUCAUCACUCAGGAAAAACUAGGCAGGGUGAAGCGUCUUGGAUGCUUUGACCAUGCUCAGCGGCAGCUUGGGGAACGCUGUCUGUAUGUCUUCCCAGCCAAGGUAGAGCCAGCCAAGAUUGCCUGGGAAUGUCCAGAAAAAAACUGCGCCCAGGGGGAGGGCUCUAUGGCCAAGAAGGUGAAGCGCCUGUUGAAGAAACAGGUUGUGAGGAUCAUGUCUUGCUCCCCGGACACCCAGUGUUCCAGGGACCACGCCAUGGAGAACCCAGACAAGAAAGGGGAAGCCAAAGCAACAAGUGAGACAGGGUCUGCUAGCCCUGAAGAGCCGCCCAAUGGGUCAGCCAGCCCAGUGGACAUGCAGGAAGAGGGCCCAGAGGAGCCCCAUGAGGCAGGUGAGCCGCUGCCCCCCUUCCUGCUGAAGGAGGGUGGGGAUGACAGGCUGCACUCAGCAGAGCAGGACGCAGAUGAUGAGGCUGCUGAUGACACGGAUGACACCAGCUCAGUGACCUCCUCUGCCAGCUCCACCACCUCCUCCCAGAGUGGCAGUGGCACAAGUCGCAAAAAGAGCAUUCCCUUGUCCAUCAAGAACCUAAAGCGAAAGCACAAGAGGAAGAAGAAUAAAAUCACUCGUGACUUCAAGCCAGGGGAUAGGGUGGCAGUGGAGGUGGUGACCACGAUGACCUCAGCUGAUGUGAUGUGGCAGGAUGGCUCUGUGGAGUGCAAUAUCCGCUCCAAUGACCUCUUCCCCGUGCACCACCUGGACAACAACGAGUUCUGCCCCGGAGACUUUGUGGUGGACAAGCGAGUCCAGAGCUGCCCAGACCCUGCCGUGUACGGUGUGGUGCAGUCUGGGGACCACGUUGGCCGCACCUGCAUGGUGAAGUGGUUCAAGUUGAGGCCAAGGGACGAUGUAGAGCUCAUUGGAGAAGAGGAAGAUGUGAGCGUUUAUGACAUUGCUGACCACCCUGACUUUCGGUUCCGCACAACUGACAUCGUUAUUCGCAUUGGCAACACUGAGGAUGGAGCUCCGCACAAGGAGGAUGAGCCAUCAGUGGGCCAAGUGGCCCGUGUGGACAUCAGCAGCAAGGUGGAGGUGGUAUGGGCUGACAACUCAAAGACCAUCAUUCUGCCCCAGCACUUGUACAACAUCGAGUCCGAGAUCGAGGAGUCAGACUACGAUUCAGUAGAAGGCAGUACCAGUGGGGCAUCCUCAGAUGAGUGGGAGGAUGACAGUGACAGCUGGGAGACCGACAAUGGACUGUUGGAGGAUGAGCACCCCAAGAUAGAGGAGCCUCCCCUUCCGGUCACCGAGCAGCCAGCAGCACCCGAGGAGGACAAGGGGGUGGUAAUUAGUGAAGAGGCUGCCACGGCUGCCAUCCAGGGGGCUGUGGCCAUGGCUGCCCCCAUGGCAGGACUGAUGGAGAAAGCUGGCAAGGACGGGCCUCCCAAGAGCUUCAGGGAGCUGAAAGAGGCCAUCAAAAUCCUGGAGAGCCUCAAGAACAUGACUGUGGAGCAGCUUCUGACAGGCUCCCCUACUUCCCCCACUGUGGAGCCUGAGAAGCCAACCCGGGAGAAGAAGUUUCUGGAUGACAUCAAGAAGCUGCAAGAGAACCUCAAGAAGACUCUGGACAACGUGGCCAUCGCCGAGGAGGAGAAAAUGGAGGCAGUGCCCGAUAUGGAGCGCAAGGAGGAUAAGCCUGAGGGGCAGUCGCCAGUGAAGGCCGAGUGGCCCAGUGAAACCCCUGUGCUCUGCCAGCAAUGUGGUGGCAAGCCCGGUGUCACCUUCACCAGUGCCAAGGGCGAGGUCUUCUCAGUGCUGGAGUUUGCACCCUCAAAUCACUCGUUCAAGAAAAUAGAGUUCCAGCCUCCAGAAGCCAAGAAGUUCUUCAGCACUGUACGGAAGGAAAUGGCACUGCUGGCCACCUCACUACCUGAUGGCAUCAUGGUCAAAACUUUUGAGGACAGAAUGGACCUUUUCUCAGCCCUAAUCAAGGGACCCACUCGAACCCCCUAUGAGGAUGGCCUCUACCUGUUUGACAUCCAGCUCCCCAACAUCUAUCCGGCUGUACCCCCCCACUUUUGCUACCUCUCCCAGUGCAGUGGCCGCCUGAACCCCAACCUAUAUGACAACGGGAAGGUGUGCGUCAGCCUCUUGGGCACCUGGAUUGGAAAGGGAACAGAGAGGUGGACGAGCAAAUCCAGCCUUCUCCAGGUGCUCAUCUCCAUCCAAGGUCUGAUCCUGGUGAAUGAACCGUACUACAACGAAGCCGGCUUUGACAGUGACCGGGGCCUGCAGGAGGGCUACGAGAACAGUCGCUGCUACAAUGAGAUGGCGCUGAUCCGUGUGGUGCAGUCCAUGACCCAGCUGGUACGGCGGCCCCCAGAGGUCUUUGAGCAGGAGAUCCAGCAGCACUUUAGCACUGGCGGCUGGCGGCUGGUGAACCGCAUAGAGUCCUGGCUGGAAACACACACCCUGCUGGAGAGGGCCCAGGCAAUGCCAAAUGGGGUCCCCAAGGAUAGUAGCUCGCCAGAGCCACCUGCUGCAGCUGAGCUCUCAGACUCCGGCCGUGAAGAACCCGAGGAUGGUGGGCUGGCCCCUGGAGAGGCCUCUCAGGGCUCAGACUCGGAGGGCGGUGCCCAGGGCCUGGCCUCAACUAGCAGAGACCACACAGACCAGACUUCAGAGACGGCGCCUGAUGCAUCAGUGCCACCCAGCGUCAAACCAAAGAAGCGGAGAAAGAGUUACCGGAGCUUCCUGCCUGAAAAGAGUGGCUACCCUGACAUCGGCUUCCCCCUUUUUCCGCUCUCUAAGGGAUUCAUCAAGAGCAUCCGGGGCGUCCUGACACAGUUCCGCGCCGCCCUGCUAGAGGCAGGCAUGCCGGAGAGUACAGAGGACAAGUAGCCAUCAGCCCCCACAGAAGGCACGUCAUGGUGGGAGAGGCUAGCCGCUGCCUGCUCACUCCCUCCCUGGAAUUGCCCCUCUUCCUGCCCCCUCUGUCCCCAGUGUGAGGCUCCGCUGUCCUCUUCUCCCCGAGGUCAAGGUGAGUUUGAUGCUGAAGUGCAAGAAGUGUCCCAAUAUGCUGCGUUUCUAUUCCGAAACAGUUCUUCAGCAGAUCCCCUGUGGCAAAGAGAACCAGAGCCCUGCUGCAAUUUCUACUUGCAGACCCAGGCAGAAUGUCCCAGCACUUCCCCCUUGUCCCCUUCUCAGGUCAGAGGUGGCAUGCUGUGCUGUCUGGGCCCAGGAGCCCUGCACAUGGGCCGGGAGUGGGUGUGCCUUGCAUGAGGUGUGGACUGCACCCGCGAUGCCCCUGGGUCCUUUUCAGCCUCUUCAGUAUGACUGAGCCCCCCACCUCCCCAUGAUCCCACACCCUCCUGCCGCCAUCACCACUGGUCCCCUUAAUCCCCCAGCGUCAAUGCUACUCCAUGGGAGCUGUAGCCACUGUCACUGACUUCUGGCUCUGGCCUGUUUGCCAUGUUAUAGCCCUUAGGUCUGUUGAACUUACUCUCUAAGAGAGGUUGGGAGCAGGCCAGAUUCAAGGUGACACCUGGGAGAGGUGGCAGACCUCACACAUCCACAUGGAGUUGAGGACAGGGAGCUGCUGGGAAGAAAUGGCUGUAGGUGCCUUUCUCUUCCAGUCCAUAGGUGCCAGGGGCACAAGCAGUUCUGCCCAGGCCCUCCAGUGUGUACUGUGCCCACAUCUGCUUCCCACAAGCUUCAUCUCAACCCCCCACUGAGGCAGCAAAAGCAGCUGCAAGACCAAGCAAGCACCAGAGCCUGUCCCCAUCCAGUGGCUCGGCCAUCUCUGAGAUGCUAAGCGAGGCCUCAGCAGCCCCUGGCUUCCAGAUUCUGCCGGUGCAGUCCAGAGGGAGGAGGCAGCGGCAGCAGGAGCUCACCCCCUUCUCCCCACACCCCAUCCUGCCCCACAGGCCCAGAGGUUUACAAGUUUUCUAAGCUUUUGAUAAUGUGAAGCUCCAGGUUAAGAGGACGCUGUUGAGCACAUUGCAGCUAUGUAAUUUCUGGUGUACGUAUGUAAUAUUUAAGGUUGGAAAAAAUAAAUCUCAAAAGCAAUGAUAUUAAUUCUUAUUAGAAAAAAAGACAAAAUUUUAAAAAAGCCAAAGCAUGAUGCGUCUUGUCAGCCUUAAGUGGGCUCCACACUUGUGCUGUGCCGGGACCACCCAGGCCGCUGAACCUUGGGAAGGACAGAGCCAGAUCACCUGCCCUCCUGUAGCACUCACUCGGAGCCCAUGAUUGGUGUCUUGAGAACAUCCCGAGUGCCUGGGGGCUGUGCGUCGUUCAUGUGAUGUGAAUGCCUACUGCUUAUAAGAUCUGUAUAAAGUGCUGUGAUUAAACUUUUUUUUACUUGCAUUUUUUUUUUGGUUGGCUUAUUAACAAGACAUGGUAACACCAUUAAACCUGC